UAAUAACAGGCUUACAUGUAACCCCAUAUAAUAUUAAGCAACAUCGUCGUCGUCGUCAUAUCUUGGAAAACACACAACACAAAUGGCAAACACUGAAGAGCAGCUUGAAGCUCUUACAAGCGCCUUCUCAGGACUUGGAGUUGAUGAGAAAAUUUUGAUUUCGGUGUUGGGAAAAGCCAAUGCGGAUGACAGGAAAUCUUAUAGGAAAGGAAUUCAAUUUUUCGCCGAGGAUGAUCGCUCGUUUGAGAAGUGGGAGGAUGAUCAUGUUCAACAGCUCGAACGCGAGUUUUCGCGCUUCAAGAAUGCGAUGGUGUAUUGGACUAUGCAUCCAUGGGAAAGGGAUGCUCGUAUGGCAAAGAAUGCUUUGUUGAAAGGGGCCCAGUCGUAUAAUGUGAUCGCAGAGAUUGCAUGUACUAGAUCAUCAGAAGAGCUGUUGGGUGCAAGAAAAGCUUACCACUCCCUGUAUGAUCACUCCAUUGAGGAAGAUCUUGCUGUCAAUGUUUCCGGCCCGGAAUGUAAGCUGUUGGUAGCACUCGUAAGUGCUUAUCGGUAUGAAGGCUCAAAAGUUAACGAAGAAACUGCAAAAUCAGAAGCCAAGAUAUUCUGCAAUGCCGUUAAGGAUGCGUCCAAGAACCCUGUUGAGGAUGAAGAAGUUAUAAGGAUCCUAACAACUAGAAGUAAGCUCCACAUCAGCACUCUAUACAAACACUACAAAGAAAUCUGCGGCAAUAGCAUGGAUGAGGAUCUUGACAAGGAGUCACUCUUGAAAGUCACGGUUCAGUGCUUGUCUACCCCAGAAGCAUAUUUUAGCAAGGCAUUGGAUGAUGCAUUAAAUGGAGAGGCGGAGGAGCAUACUAAGGAUGCUCUAACUCGAGUAAUCGUUACCCAAGCGGAUGCCAAUCUACAAAAGAUCACAGAAGAGUACCAUCACAAGUACCGAGUUAAUAUCUCAGACAAAAUUGAUGAAGAGGUCAACGGAAACUAUAAAGAUUUCUUACUGACAGUGCUUGCUAGAGGACGCUAAUCAUAUAUUACUGAUUCUAGCUGUCCUGCAGUCACCCUUUUGAGUUACCGCUUCUAUGUUUUUGAUAUCUUGUGCUUUUAUGAGUACCGUAAUGCUGUUCUGGAAAUGUUCUGCACUUGUUUUAUCUGAGAAAUAAUUAAUAUUUUAUGUUAAGCUUUUCAAAGUGUUGCUCCUUA